AUGCUGCGAAGUAGAUGUCGUGUUCAGGGGUUAUGGACUUUUCUGGACGUGGCAAGAAGCAAACAAGUUGGUUGGUUCCAACCACCUCAGCGGCCAUUGGCUUUGUGCACUAAGCUCGUAAAACAAGGGUAUAACAAACACCUCGAACCUAGUAUAUGCCCUACCACGCCUUGGUUCAUGAAACUAUCCCAGCUUCCCGCUGAUAUCUUGCUGCUGGUUGCAUCCUUUCUGGAUGUGAACACACUGGUAUCCUUUUCUCAGGCCUUUCGUUCUGUUUAUUCUCUUUCUCGGUCUUCUGUUACCUGGUGGCUCUAUGAUUUGGCAGUGGGCUAUCUUCCGUCUAUCAAGCCGAUAUCCUCUUAUAGUGCUGAUGAAUUACGGAAUGCGGCGUUACGGGCUCACCGUGCAUGGGACAAGCUCUGCCAACCAACGCCCCUCGUCAAAAUUGACGCCCACCUCACUGAAAAGCUCAGUACUGAACGCGGUGAAGCUCUCGACUAUACAAAAGGCAUCCAGACCGAUUCCAUCUCUUUUGAUCCCAAUAAUCUCACCAUUGAAGGAGGACGAAGCAGUGAGGUGAUUGUCCCCGGAACACCCUACCUGUUUUAUAUCCAACAGUCCACCGAGCUGGAAGAUCACAACUCCCCCAGACUUUUUAGCAUCGUCUUUCGGCAUCUUCGAAAACCUGAUAUUUAUCAGCGAUGGGGGCUUCCGUCUGGAGACUUCAUGGUUCCUAGGGUCGAACCGUUACCACAGCUGGCAGCGUUGAAGGUCGAUCAUAGGACUAUUAGGUAUUCCGCCUUUAUAAGACUCAUCGAAGUGAAGCUCCUUGAUACGAGCUUCUCGGAAGAUUUGCUGCGACAAGAAGAACCUGGGCAUACAAUAAAUGAGCAAAAUCAAUUCGCAACCAUGACACUUUUGUGGGCAUUUCAGUUUCCUACGAUAGCGGAAGAGGCUACUAGACAAAAAGACAAUACUACUUCACCGACAUUGCACUAUAGGACACUCCAAAGUGCGAGAUAUUCAGAUGAUGACCUACGUAAAAUGGCCUAUGGUUCACGAAGUGGUGUUAUCAGGCCGCCUACUAUAUUCGAUAUUGGACACAAUAUCGUUUACUGGGUUCAAAAUUUAGGCGAUAGACUUUCGUCGUCCCCAUACUGUGCACCACUUGUUACAGUCGUCGAAUACCACGACGCCGGGCAAGCAGGACAUGCUCCAGUAAAGCGCUUCACUCUCAAACCUGGAAGAUGGACAACUGGUAAGGAAAAGUAUCAGUAUGUAAUAUCGGCAACUCUCAUCCGUGCUCCUUCAUUCUCUUUGCCUCCUCAUUGGACACUACUCCUCGUUGUCAAUGGCCAAACACCAUCCAUCUAUACCAUACCCUCAUCUUUUAUAACUUCUACCGAGUUCAUGGUCAAUUCCCUUUUUCAACCGCCACCCAACCCAAUGGACGAAUGCAUAUCUCAGUUCAAAGUCACUCUACCAGUGUCUACGGAAGAAGACAGCAUUGAAACCGAUCAGGUCCCACGGCGGAAAAGACACUAUGGCCCAGACGAACCAUACGGACCUCUCUAUGCUCUGAGAUUGCAUUGGGACCACGACAUAGGACCUGUUCCCUUACACUCCCUACCUCAAUCAUGGCAGGAGCAUUUGCAAGAAGCAGAUAAAAGUGAAUCCAAG